AAGCGCCUGCGUGCGGAAUUUAAACUUUCAAGGUAACGGCCGUUACACUGUCAAAUCGUGACGGUUAUUUGUUUUGUAGGCGGCUUUGAGUUCGACAAGAAAUAAGAUUCUACUUAUUAUAUAUCACCAAUAUACAAAUGUGCUAAGAAUUGUGAGUUGUGAACUACGGUCUUCCUGCUUUAGUGAUGCAGGGAUACAUUCACUUAGAAUUUCCUGUUUAUACCAGUUAGUGAUUUGAAUUACCCAAUGCAAACAUGGUUGGACUACCGAGACUAACUGCAAGACAAAGGACGCGCAUUGUGCAUCCGAAUGUGCUGAUUGAUCUUGCACGAAAUGGCGACUUGUCCAGUAGUUCCGGAGGUCUGACUUCAUCAGAUGAAGAGCAUUCACCCAAACCCAAGAAAAAGAAGAAAUCCUUGUCAAUAGUGGCAAGUUCAGACAAGGAGGAUUCUGAGCCAAGUUUUCAUAUUUUGGUCGAACCGCGCAAAUCUGGACUGAUUCCAUUUCUUAAACCGAAGAAACCUGUGUUGCAAGUUCAAAACACUCAAUUAUCACCAGAACCACCCUCAGACACACAAAAACAUGAAUCAAUUGUGCUUUCUUCAACUCCACUUAAUGCAAAGUCUGCUAAUCAUCCAGCAAAAGAUGUUUUUGAUUCUCCUGUUUGCAAUACAACUGAAAUAUAUGCCUCACCGAUAAAUUUAAGACAUAAAUCGAAAACCAAUCGACGAUCAACAUCUCUGACACAGCUUACCGCCAGUUCUAAUCACCAUUUGGCGAAGUUUAAGAGGAAUAAAUCCGUGCAUGACUUGGCUAAUUCACACAAGCCGAUUAACACUGAUGAAUUUACGAAACGUCUCACUUGUUUAGAGAAACGAGUCAAGAAAAUCACUAUGAAGAGGAGGAAAUCGACUAUGACUGCGCGGAUGUUUUCACAAAUGGCAUUACAGAGGCAUUCGUCACAAAACAAUUUUCAUGCGUUGAAUAUGUCUGCAGUGGAUGUAAAAAUGAAGAAAACUGAUGAUGCGAAUGUCACAAAGGUAAUAAAUACUGAGCAUGAUGAAAAUUUGAUGUCGGCUAAGCUGCAAAAUGACAAAACGGCCAUUGACUCAGCCCUUGUUGCAAAUAAUAAUUUACUGCAAGAAAUUGGCAAUUUACAGGGGCAAACACCGCCGAAAACAUUAAAUUUAGCGAUUGAAUCAUUAUCAAAAGCUACACAAAAUAAAAUUGAAAACAAAGAAAACUCUGUUUUGAAAAUAUUACAACCGGCGAAAUCUAAACGCAGCUUGGUGUUUGAAACCCCGCCUUUGAAUUUAUGUCUGCGAAAUGAAAGAAAAUCAUCAAAUAUACCUGUAUCUCUAUUACGCAACUCGCCAGGAUUCAUUUCUAAUCAUUCACGUUUGGUGAAUUUAGAAAAUAAGCGGAAAGUUAGUGCAGUAUCCAAUUCGAGGAACAGUGUAGAAGAUAUUCUUGAACCUCCGAUGGAUUUUCUUGAUUCGAUGGAAAACCGACGAAGAAGCGGUCGACAACAUAAAAAUCUUAGUGAAAACGUUGUUAAAGUUAAUAAUGCGUUGACACAGCGUCUGGAGGAUGAAAUUAAUCUUGUUGAAAUGAUUACAGAGGAUAAUGUAAGAGAUAUUAAUCAGAAUGAAUCUCAAAAUUCAAAAACACCGGUGAAAGAGAAUGCAAACGAAGAGGAAAAUGCGUAUUCUGAUGAUUUGAAAUCGAAACCGAAUGAUACGGUGGCUAACAAAUCGACAACAUCGAAUAAAUCAUAUCUUGAUUCGAAAAGACGAGACACUAUUGGUUUAUUGCAAGAUUUGCUGAAUAAAGCAGAAAAUGGUUUGAUUACGAAAGACGAAAGAGCGACCUUGAACUUCCUUAACUAUCAACCGGAGAGGAGAAUACAUUCUUCAAAAGAUGGUUUGAAUUUAACCCAAACUUUGGGUGAACGAAAUGAAAAUGGCGAUCGAGUGUUUCUGGCUCCUCCGAAACCAGCACCACGGAAGUUACGAACGAAAUUGGAUCAUAAAGUACAACACAUCGAAGCUGAUAUGCAAGUUGCGCACGAGAUGGCGCAUGCGGCGGAAUUUGAAAACAAGAGAGGAUGUAAUAGAAACAACGCAGAACAUGCAAAAUGA